AUGGUUUUGACUCAAUUAGCCUCAGCUCAAGACUCCGGCAAUUGGGACUACAAUACUCUUUUAGAUCAGCUCGCUCUCGCCUACGACAAUCCAAACAAAAUUCAAAAGGCUAAGGAUAAGCUGCUUGCUUGCAAGCAAGCUAAGCCCUUGACAAAGAAGCGAGUUCUUUGGGACCCUUUUUCGGACCGACCCGUCAGGGAAAAUGAGGGUUUAAGCGAGUUUGACUCGGACGAAAGGGAGGAAAUUUUGGCGGAAUGGAACGCUUCUGGAGGCUACGACGCUGACCCUGACGAUUAUCGCGAUCUGUAG